UUUUUUUUCUAAUCAGAUCAAAUCUUUUUUAUUUAUUUUCUUUUAUUUUCUACUCAUAAAUAAAUAUGCCGGCUGAAUGGAUUUAUGCUAAUGGUUCUUCUUGGGUUUCCUUUGAUCCCACAUGUCAAACUAUGAUUGAAUCGUUAUGGACUAGAGGAGGACUUUCUAACUGGAUUAAUUGUCAAUCUUUUGAAGGCCCAAUCUUUAUUGACACCACAGAUAUGAUUAUCUUGUAUAAUUCUUUUAUGUAUACUAUUGUAAGAAGAUUUUAUUAACAUGGCCGGAACCACAUAUAUUAUUUUUUAUUAGUUCGCAUAUGCAUUUAUAGUUCAAU